AUGGCUGGCCAUAGGAGGCAGCCAAGUAUUGAGCUACUUGAAUUUAUCGGAGUGGUUAGGGAGAAUGGCACCGAGCAGCCAUCGCUCCCUCCCGUGCAUACCCCGCUGUCCUAUGACUAUGUCCUGGUGGCCAAAACAUUUGAUGACCUGGAGAAAGAGACUUUCAAGAAGCAAUUGGCCUUCAUCGAGGAGCUGAAAAGAAAGAACUUUAAAGUUACAAAAAUCAUAGAUGAUGAUAUAGUCUUCUAUGGGAUUCAAGCUCCAAAAGAAAUUUUCGAGAAAUACCGAUAUCUGCUGAAGGUGUCUGAUGCCUGUAACUGGAGCGGUGAUCAGAACAUCGUGCCUCUCUGCACAAGGAUACGGAUUGUCCAUUUCAUCCUGAACCACACUCCUCUUGAUACGGGAGAGGAUCUCCGGGAUCUCAUGAGAAGGAGGGUUUUCGAGGCGAAGUUCUGCUUGCAUGAGAAAAAGAAACAGAGGGAGCUGAAAGAGAUCUGGGCACGGUGGACAGCCUGUCUCCAAGGGCAACCAAUAACCGCCGUCAGGAGCUACUUUGGAGAAAAGGUUGCCUUGUACUACCUGUGGUUGGGGUGGUACACAUACCUGCUCAUUCCCGCCGCUGCCAUAGGGCUCAUCGUCUUCCUUUAUGGCUUGUCCUUCUUCAACAACUCCCCCCUCAUAAAAGAGGUUUGCGAGGCCAACACGGUCAUGUGCCCCCUUUGCGACGGGAAAUGCAAAGUGUGGCAGCUCUCUGACACGUGCACGUACACUAAGGUCAGCCUUCUGUUUGACAACAACGGGACGGUGUUCUUUGCUAUGUUCAUGGCAGUGUGGGCAACGUUAUUUCUGGAGUUCUGGAAGAGGCACAGGGCUUCUUACGUGUGCGAGUGGAAGGUGUCUGAUUGGUGCGAGGAAGAGGAGGAGCUGAUCCUGGAAAUUUUGAAUAAUGCAAAUUGUGAGCCUAAGGAAUACAAACACUCCUAUCUGCGCAGCACUUUGGUGCUGAUCUGUGUCACCAUCAUGAUACUGGUGAUCAUCGGCCUGACUCAUGCUUUGGUGGUGUUCAGGGUGAUGGCCGCAGUGCUGUUGGCUGAGGGGUCCUGGAAAUUUCUGAGCGACCACUCCAACACGGGAGCAAUGAUGCUCGGGGCUGUCCUCCAUUACCUCAUCAUCACGGUCAUGACACGGAUUAACAGGAUUGUGGCCAUGAAGCUCUGCGCAAUAGAGGAAACUAGAUCGUUUGCUGCCACAGAGAAGAGCUUCACCGUCAAGAUGUUCACCUUUCAGUUCUUCACCUAUUUCUCAUCACUCUUCUACGUAGCUUUUUUUCUUGGCAGGAUAAAUGGCCAUCCCGGUGGCUAUGUGCGGAUUGCAGGGAAAUGGAGACUGGAGGAAUGCCACCCUAGUGGAUGUCUCACAGACCUCUUUGUCCAAAUGGCCAUCAUAAUGGUGCUCAAGCAAACCAUCAGCAAUGUCUUUGAGUUCACCGGCCCCUGGUUUGGAAGAUGGCUGAAGAGGAGAACAACACAGAAGCUGACGAGGAAGUGUGCCCACUGCUACCUCAGAGACGAUUCAGAGACCAAAUAUGCGGCAGAGCUGUGUGAAAACUGCAAGCUCCGAGACUGGCUCAGCAACUACCGUCUCAACUAUGUCGACUCCUUCAGCUUGUUUAAUGAGUUUCUGGAGAUGGUGAUUCAGUUCAGCUUUACUACCAUAUUCGUGGCAGCAUUUCCCCUCGCUCCUCUGCUAGCCCUCAUUAAUAACAUCAUCGAGAUACGCCUGGAUGCCAUUAAGAUGGUCACUCUUGAACGCCGAUUGGUGCCUAAGAAGACCAAUGACAUUGGUGUGUGGACAGAUGUGUUGGAGGCUAUUGGUGUCUUAGCAGUCAUUGCCAAUGGGCUGGUCAUCGGUGUUUCCUCAGACUUCAUCCCUAGGCUGGUGUACCAUUACCGCUACGGUCCCUGCGCCAACGGCACAGCUACCAAUAUUGACUGCAUGGCUGGUUACAUCAAAAACACACUCUCCAUUGUGCAAGUGAAUGACCAGAACAUUCGCAAUGAGUUUUUGGCUGAACAGAUGGUGACUAACAGCGGCUUGAACGUCACCUCCUGCAGCUAUAAAGACUACAGGAGCAAUGAAGACUACAGUCUCACCCAACAGUUCUGGCUUAUUUUAGCUGUGCGCUUUGGGUUUGUCAUCCUGUUUGAGCAUGUUGUUGUCAUAUGCAAAUUCAUUGCAGCUUGGUUUGUUCCAAGCGCUCCAAUGCAGGUGAAGAACGACAGGCUCUUUGACAAACUCAACAGACUAAAAGAAGAACUCAGGUCGUUUGACGUGUGACGCCAUUCAGAAGGACUCGUCUUAGAGCAAAUGGGAGCACAAUAAUUUUGGGGAGCAUUUAAGAGUCCGUCAUAUCACAGCAGUAAGUCGACGUCAAACCCUUAUUGCCUAGCCUGAGAGCACGGAGGGAGGACUCGCCACACCUCCUUGGCUGUGAUGGUCAUACGAAAGCGCUCGGGUUUCCGGCCCCUGACGUGACCACGGUUGAUGCGGCCCUCCACUGGACGAAACUGUUGUGACUCCUUGUCCCUUGAACUUUGAUGGGGGGGGGGGGACUUGAUAUUGCUGUUAUUAUUCAAUUGCACUGAUGCCUCUCUGCCGGCUUGCCAUGUUUUUAUUAUUAUAUCUGUGUAUCUUUGCUGAAGGCCUGUGCUGAAAGAUAUGCCACGUUGCUUUGUGUUGUCUCAGAGUAUCCUGUCAGUGGUUUGUUAACCAUUGACAGUCUUUUGCUAAAUUAUAUUU